AUAUUAUUGCCCUCUCGAGAAAGCCGCUCGCCCAUUCAAAUCUAACAAUGAAAUAAUUUUAUUUCUUCUAUCGCAAAGCCAACAGGUAAUAUUUCCGAAUAGGUUGGUCAAAUUGUAAAGAGGAAAGGAAAAGUAAUGAUAUCAAUCAGUUAGUAAUGUCUAGCGGUUAUAACAAAAAGGAAAAAUCAGAUUCAAGAAGUUGGACAAUUUUUCCCACUACUGUGUUGCAAUGAAUAGGCCUCAAGCCCUCUUGUUAUUAUUGUUGUAUUUCUCUAAUUUUUAUUCAGCACAUUAACCCGCGUAGUGUUUGUUUUAUGCCCGCUCUUCUCAUUUUUAUACCCAAUUUCAAUUCAGGAGAGGAAAUUUUGUGAUGCGUCAAUUUCAAUUUUACAAUUGAGCCGAACGGUCGCCUUGAGCCCGGCUUCCCAAAACGCUACCCGGUUGCUUAAAAUCCCCUGACAUACUUUGUUAGUUUAGCUUGGGAGCAUCUUCGGCUUUUUCUUUUCCCUUGAAGCAAAAACGGAUUAGGUAAUGCAUUCCAAUUUUUCCCAGUGGAAUGAAGACAAACUUUGAGAAUUGACUUGGUUGUCUAACAGAGAAGCCGCAUAAAUAUCACAGAAUAAAAGGGCGAGACCUUCCUUGCUUAGCAGCCAAUAAUUAGCAUAGAGCUACGGUACAGAAACAACUCUGACUAACAUUACAUUUACAUAAGGUUUAAUUUACCGGUGAAUGGAAAUAACUACCAGUUUGAUAUAUAAAUUAGUUUCCAAGUAUUGUUAUAAAUCUUGCUCAAGCUAAGACUUCUUAUUAAAAAGUAUGGACAGUUCACUGUACGGACUGCAAGGCCGCGUUCUGAGUUUCGAGGAGGCGAGGAACUGGUUUCUGGAACACAAUGCCAACCGGGUGGCUCCUUCUCUGAUGUACAAUAGCGAUGAAAGGAGGAGGAACUCACAGACUACCCUGAACACCAUCCAUAAUUCUGUGAUCAGUGUGCCCUACCAGACACUGCCCACUAGGCAGAGAAGUUUAAGCAGAGAGGGAUCGACGAACAGACCAAAAACACUUGCAGGUAGCUCCUCCACAUUAAUAGCUACUGUAUCUACAAACACUACAGCGAUGUCUCCUCCAUUUCCAGGCCAGACAACUCAGAAAGUACGAACUUUAGCGGCCCCAAUUCACGUGGAUAGCUACGUCCCCCUGGAUUCAAACUACUUGGCUAUUGAAUCAUCUAUCAGUGCCAGCGAGCCUGAAAACGAAAUCCAAACUUAUUCCCAGAUGAGCUCCAUGUUCUCCAAAAUUUCCAUCUUCGCGAAAGAGUUUCUGGAUGUUAUUCUUAAUUUGCCCAAAAUUUUUCUGAUUCUUCUCUUCAUUUCAAUUUUCAUGAUAGUCUUUUCGAUAUCAAUGAUUUUCUGUCUUACCGUUAUUUGGCCGAACUCUGUGAGCUUAAACCCGUACGAUGCGUUCAAUAGAAAAACUCAAAAUGAAAGCAGUUCAUUCACUACUCCUAAAUGGUCAGACCAAAUUGCUAGUCCGGCUAAAAAUAGCGACUUGACUUCCUACACUACCCCCUCAUCAUGGGGGGUCAGAAAUGACAGCAAUUCGAUACCCCUGGUGAAAUACGAGCAUCUGCCCUUCAUUGGGUCGUGCAGUGUCAACUGGACCCGUAUUUCGUUCACGUGGUCCUACCACAACUCAAUUGGGGAAGAAGUGAGCCUGAAGGAGAAAAGCAUAAAAUCACAGCUCAAGUUUUUCUGCUUGCUAAAAGUCGUGUUGCGAAAAUACGAAUUGACGAAUGCAGAGACAGUGCUGCUAGCCUCAAACGCCGACCACUUCGAGUACUACCGAGGGGGGCCUGGGGAGAGACACGGAAACAACGUGUUCUUAUUUUCCCUCUCGCCCUGCUUCACAAACAACACCUCAACUGCAUUUCCUUACGUGGCAACUAACAAACACCUCAGUCCUAGCUCAAAUUACUCAUCACUUCUCGUGGUGGCAGGUCCUCUGCACAAACACAAGUACGAGUGCAAUUCUUUGUACGAUGUGAAUGAUUUCAAAAAAUCGAACGUGUUCGCAGAAGAAGUGAGGAAGAAUUAUGCGAUGUUUAUGGACAUGUGCGCGAGUACUUGCGCCGGCACUUAAUUUUCCGAUAACUAUGUUGAUCCGAGUUUCAAAUUAAAAUAACUAAAAUUAGACUCUUGUAUUACUCUAGAAACGUUUUGAAAAAACUCAGAUUGUUAAAUUUUGUUGAUUUAUCUUAACUGUGCUAAGUUAUGGGUGUGAUCGCGAUCUGAGUCUGACAACACGGAAGUUGGUUCCAAUUUGCAUCAGUUCCUAUCUAGGGUUCUCGAAAAAUGAAAAAAUAAAUAAAAAUA